AUGAUAAGCAUGGAUAAAAUCCUACGAUAUGCAAAAGCAUUCAUUCUUCCGGAGAACGAGCUUUCUCCUAAUGAGAAAUGGAUAUUGGGUUUAAUCAACCUUCUGUCGGUAGUGCUCUUCUGGGUGGCGUCAUCGUUUCUUGUUAACGCAUUGGUAGAAGAAGACACUUACAAAAAGCCCUUCUUCAUAACCUACAUUAAUACUGGAUGUUUCUGUUUGUAUUUGAUCCCCUAUCUACAACAUAAGGACUUGUCUGUGUCACGGUUUAUUCGGCAAUUGAAGCGGGACUAUCAAAAGACCCUUAACAAGAAACGACUGUAUUCCAUAAUAGACUGCAUGAAUGAUGACGAGGAAAGAAAUAUAGGAGGGGGAGAAACACCUUCACCACCUGAUGGUAUUAUUGUCAAUCAAAAAGUUGCUUAUCUUACUCAAGCUAAUGACAAUUAUUCCAAUCACUCGUCUCCGUUAAUUCUGUCUCCAGUUGCAAGUGGUGCUACAACUCCUACAGAUGAAGCCAUUACAUCAUGUUCCUAUGGGACUAUUGCAUCACAUGAACACGAAAAUGAAGAGCCUUCUCGAAGACUAAGACAAUUGUCUGUGAUUGAAGAAACAAUGUCACUUCCUUCUUCCGAUGAGCAAGAUCCUUCUUCUGUCCAUCAAAGUCAUGAACUACUUAGUAUUUCUAAAUCAAUAGAUCCUUUGGAAGAAGAUAUGGACAUCAAUAUUUAUGAGACAGUGCUUCUUUCACUUCAAUUUGUGAUUCUAUGGUUUCUGGCCAAUUUGGCUACAAACGCUAGUCUUUCUUAUACCACAGUGGCAUCCCAAACCAUUCUUUCAUCAACAUCUUCAUUUUUCACUUUACUCAUUGGGUUCAUUUAUUCUGUUGAGAAGAUUAACGCAAACAAAGUCACCGGAAUUGUUCUUUCCUUUAUCGGAGUUGUCAUAGUCACCAAGAUUGAUACUUCAGGCUCUACAGGGAACUCUCCAGAAACUCCAACCAAACAAGCAUCGUUAAUACUAUUGGGAAAUGUCCUUGCUCUUGGGGGUGCAUUGAUCUACGGAGUUUAUACCAUCUUAUUAAAGGUAAGAAUCACUAUUCCACAUCUGAAAAAGGAACGGAACUUGAAUACUCACUUAUUCUUUGGAUUUGUGGGUAUCUUUUGCUUGGUACUUCUCUGGCCCGCGUUAUUUAUAUUGCAUUGGCUUCAAUGGGAGACUUUCGAAUUACCUUCAACAAGAGAAACAAUAACUUUACUUUGCAUAAAUGCCACCAUUACGUUUAUCUCCGAUUUAUGUUGGUGUAAAGCAGUAUUACUCACCAGUCCUUUGACGGUCACUGUCGGGCUUUCAAUGACUAUUCCUUUGGCAAUGGUCGGUGAUUGGAUCAUCAAACGAGUCGCAGUGAAUAUCUGGUACUUAUUUGGAGCCAUAAUUGUUACUCUUGGAUUCCUUAUAAUAAAUCAAGACGAACAGCAUGACUUUGUGGAUGCCCACAUAAUAGAACUACCUCAGAACACUUAG